CCCACCCAAGCUCCGAUAGGAAGUGUAAAAAGCCGUUCCUGUCCAACAAAGAAGCCAACCGCAGCACCCAUUCCCUGCCAGAAGAGAGGGAAUAAAAGCAGUCAUAGAAGGAGCACUCACCUCUGAAACCUUUUUCCCUAUGCUCCCAACCUUCUCAUCACCGCCAAGAUGCAUAUCCAUCUUAAUCUUUGCCUCCUUCGUUAUCACAAGUGCGACGGCCCCUGCAAGUAUUCGACCAUGGCUCGACCGCGACAGACAGCCGCACAAGCUCGAGCCCAGCAGCAGGCAGCAUCACUGGCGCGCUGUCCCUACGGACCCAAGGUCACUAAACUCCUGGGGGAACCAACCGUCCAUGUACAUGAAACCCGCAAGUUCCAUUACGACAUCAAAACUCCGGGAUACCACAAGGGUCGCGGUGGCGAGACGCACAUCUGUAACUUGCAACGCGAUGCCAACGCCAAAUAUUGAGAGCGGGACAAGCCUCGAGGCAAGUAAUCAAGGAUCGAAGGAGGCCGCUGCGCCUAGGGGGCCUUCGACCGGUGGCAACAUGGGCAUCUGGAUUGCGGUCGGGGUGUUCUGCGCGGUCUCGGUUUUGCUAGGCGUUGGGGGGCUGCUGGCAGAGGAGAGCGCAAAGCCGUCGUGGGAGGGUCAAUAUUAGGGUUGAAUGGAGGUUCGGCCGAGGAAGAUGGUGUCAAUGGAAAGAGAAAGAAGAAGGGCAAAGGAGGGCAAAGGAGGAGAUGUCGU